AAUGUGGCUUCAGGGAUAGCUCACAAAAUAGCUAGUGCGGAGCAGGGCUGCCGGGCUCUGAAGGGGCUUUUUCAGGCGGUGGUAUUGGUGGCCCUGGUCUUCCUGCCCAAUGUGGGGCUGUGGGCUUUGGACCGUGAGAGGCAGCUGGGUGGCACCUGUGGGGGUUCAGAAAAAGUGCUGGUUCUAGCUGCGGGCAGGGGCCCCUGGGCCUCCCUGCUGCCCUCUCCCUAUUUGGCUUUCCCCAUUCCUAUUUUUUUCUCAGAUCCUGUGUAUUCCUUGGGAGUGAGUGCAGAGAUCCUCUUGGAGCUUCAGGCCUUGGAUAGGGUGAAAAAGCUAGUAUCAUUUGAUGAUGUGGCUGUGGACUUCAGCUGGGAGGAGUGGCAGUACCUGGACAUUGCUCAGAGGACCCUGUAUAGAGAUGUAAUGCUGGAGAUCUACCGUAACAUUGUGUCCUUGGGGCACUGUGUUCCUAAACCUAACUUGAUCGUCAAACUGGAGCAAGCAGUAGAACCAAGGAUAAGAGAAGCCUCAAGCAAAAAUUUCACAAAUAUCCAAGAAAUGGAGGACGUGAAUAAGAUGUGCCAGCAAAAUCCAGAUGAAAGUCCAUGUGAAGUCUUAGUCACAAAUAGUAAUACAGUGGAGGAAGGAAAAAUACUUCAGGGAGGAAGAAAAACUCCUGAAUGUAGUCUAUGUGGAAAACUGUUCAACUUAAGACCUACAGCCACUACACAUGAGAAAAGAUACACAAGAGAGAAACAUUGCACAUGUGGUGCAUGUGACAAAUCUUUCAGUCAGGAAAUAGACCUCAUGAAGCCUCAGAGCAAAUAUCCAGAGAAUUCCAAUGAGUAUAUCCACUGUGCAGAAUUUACCUCUCAGAUGUCAGACCUGAAUUUACAGCCUCAAACACCAACAGAAGAAAAACUCUAUGAAUAUGAGGAAUAUAGGCAAUUUUCCACCCAUAGAAAUCACCCAAAAGAGAAAUGUAAUGAAUGUAACAAAUGUGAAAAGUCAUUCAAAAAGAAGUCACAACUCCUUUUGCAUCAGAGAACUCACACAGGAGAGAAACCUUAUGAGUGUAAGGAAUGUGGAAAGUCUUUCAGACAGAAAAAUGGCCUUGUUUUACAUCAGAGAAGACACACAGAGGAGAAACUUUUUGAAUGUGAUAAAUGUGGAAAGACUUUCGUGCAGAAGUCACCUUUCAUUUUGCAUCAGAGAAUACACACAGGAGAGAAAUGUAAUGAAUGUAGCGAAUGUGGGAAGUCAUUCAGACAGAAGUCAAAACUUCUUUUGCAUCAGAGAACACACACAGGAGAGAAACCUUAUGAGUGUAUCAAAUGUGGAAGGUCGUUCAGACAGAAGAUACACCUUACUUUGCAUCAGAGAACUCACACAGGAGAGAAACCUUAUGAGUGUAAGGAAUGUGGACAGUGUUUCACCUGGAAGUCACAACUUGCUGUUCAUCACACUGUACACACAGGAGAGAAACCUUAUAAAUGUAACAAAUGUGGAAAAUCUUUCGGACAGAAAGAAAACUUUGCUUUACAUCAGAGAAUACACACUGGAGAGAAACCUUGUGAAUGUGAUAAAUGUGGAAAGGCUUUUGUACGGAAGUCACCCCUCAUUUUGCAUCAGAGAAUACACACAGGAGAGAAACCUUAUGAAUGUAACAAAUGUGGGAAGUUGUUCAGACAGAAGAUACACCUCACAUCACAUCAGAAUAUACACCAAAGAGCUACAUGA